UUUGAGAGGGGAAAUUUGAGCUGAGGCCGACGAGCUGCUUAGUGCUCGUCUUCCUAGUUCUCACCUGAUCAAUUAGCGGCUAAUUUGUUCUCCAGCUCCUCGAAAUGGCGAACCCAAUGCUUCGAACUUGGCUUCUCUGGUGGAGAAAGUGGGGGAAGAAGGAUUGGGCCAUCGCCGCCGUCGGUUUCGCGGCCGUACUCUUCACGUUCACCCUACUGAUCGAAUCGGGAACAGAGGAUCCAUCGGCGAUUGGCAACCGGCCACUCGAUCUGCCCAUUAGCGCCGACGAUCCAGUGGAAUUGACAUUGCUGCGGAAUGCCAAGGAUAGAGGCGCAUUUUGUUUGGACGGGAGCUUGCCGGGUUACCACUUCGAGAAGGGUUUCGGGUCCGGAUCCAACAAGUGGGUGAUUCAUAUUGAAGGUGGAGGUUGGUGCAAUACAAUCGAGUCGUGUUCGUAUCGUUCCAGAACGGCAUUGGGUUCCUCCAAGUUCAUGGACCGCCAAGUCAUCUUCGCCGGAAUGUUAAGCCGUGACCCCUCCCAAAACCCUGACUUUUACAACUGGAACAGGAUCAAGAUUCGGUAUUGCGAUGGUGCAUCUCUGGCUGGUCACCCUGAAAGCGAGUUCAAGAAUGGAACGAAACUCUUUUUUAGAGGACAGCUCAUUUGGGAAGCCAUUAUGGAUGAACUCUUAUCAAUGGGAAUGGCCAAGGCUAAGCAGGCUUUUCUUACAGGAUGCUCUGCUGGAGGAUUGGCAACUCUGAUCCAUUGUGAUGACUUCCGCCAGCUUUUGCCGAAGUACACGACUGUGAAGUGCCUUGCUGAUGCAGGUUUUUUCCUCGAUGAGAAGGACGUUGGUGGACAUUACACCAUGAGAUCUUUCUAUCAAGACGUUUUGCUCCUUCAGGGUGUGGACAAAAGUUUGCACAAGAACUGUGUAUCCAAGACCGACCCAUCUCAGUGCUUAUUUCCUCAAGAAAUCAUUAAAAACACGAGGACACCGAUUUUCCUUGUCCACCCUGGUUAUGAUUUUUGGCAGAUACGGAACAUUUUGGUUCCGGAUGUAUCAGAUCCUAGCGGACAUUGGCGGAAAUGCAGACAGGGUCUUCAGUACUGUAAUUCCACCCAGAUUGAAAUACUACAAGGUUUCCGAACAUCGCUCCUGAAUGCGUUGGAUGAAUUCAAGCAAAACAAGGAAGGCGGAUACUUCAUAAAUUCGUGCUUCAUCCAUUGCCAAACGUGGUUUUCUCCUACGUGGCAUUCAUCCUCUUCUCCAAGAAUCAACAAUAAGACGAUUGCAGAAUCAGUUGGCGAUUGGUACUUUGACCGACAAGAAGUGAAGCAAAUCGACUGCCCUUAUCCCUGCAACCCUACUUGCCACAACAUGGAUUUCGCUCAACAUUGACCUUAUAAGUCCCAUGAUGGCAUUAAACUUCCUGUUUAUUUGUACAAUGUUUGACAGUUCCAGCUCUAUUCUCUCUAUGCCAAUAGACUUGUACAUUUAUACUCUUUCUAUACAAUUCUAGACUGAACGAACUGUCUUCUAGUGUUAAUACAAGUGGCACAGAUUGCUUGCAUAGGCUGCAAUCCACAUGCUGAUUGAUGCCUAUUGUUGCAAUCAAGCCCUACAACCCUGCUAAAGUAAUUACAAGCUACACACAAC